UGAACACUUCUCUUCAAUUGUACACAACAGCAAGUCCUCCGAGUUACUCUUACUGGCCAGACGCCAGAAGGAAGACACUUAUGUCUUUCCUACCACGUCUUUUCAAAUCGCCAGCGGCGAAUUGCGGGGGUCGAUAUUUUAAUUCUGCUAAGCCUCCCAAGCCUGUUGUUUCUUCUGGCAGAGCAAAGGUUGAUAAUGGAAACACCAGCGUCGCACCAAGCGACGGAACGAGCAGUAGCAGCUCUGGGAAUAGGAGCGGCAAGAUGAAGGCCGGAGGUGCAGAUGAAAAUCCUUCGAUUCCAGCCUCGAACGCAGAUUUCAAUCUCCAUCAAUUUUUCUCGUUGCACCGACCACUUCUCCUCUUAUCUCAGCCGCCAUCUACCAUCUUUGAGUCUGCACCCCCGGACGUGCCUCUCUUUCAGUCACCGGAAGAGAUACCAAAGACUCAAUUGCAGUCGGGGCAAUUUCCUACUCUCGACGAGCCGCCAGAAUCCUCGUUUGAGACCGAUGCUGAUGCAGCGAGGCAGCUUGGUCAUGCAUUGGUCAUGAACCGCGUGGGUGGAAUAGUGUCCUGGCAAAACACCUUGGCAAAACUUGGUUUGGGUGGGGAGACUGCAGGAGAUAGCGCAGUUAACGCGAAAGAGUCUGCACAGGAGUGGGUCACUAUCUACGCUGAUAGCACAAAGCGUAAGAAGCGAAAGAAGAUGAAGAAGCACAAGUAUGUUUCAUAUUCUAACGUGAAGGGAUGAUGGACUGACUGAUUACUCUCCUAUUUAGGUUGAAGAAGCGUCGCAGAGUCAGUCAUCCAUGUUCAGAUCAACUUUCCUUGCUAACAUAUCUUUGUUUUCGCAGCUCACUCGCAUGCAACGUCAGAAUGCAAAGUAGAUGAUAUCCAGUGGACAUUUGGUCCACUUGGCAUGUUGUGAUGUAGCCGUAUUAAUUUCUCAGAUACAUCCCUCGAACUGCACCCCUUGCUCAAUCAUCAUUUUCAUGUUCAAUCAUAU